GGUACGGGAAGGUCCGAGCCGCUGCCCGGUGUCAGAGGGACAUCGUGGCUGCCGCCGCCACGGGUCCCAAUGGAGCAGCCGAAUCUCUACCCGGUGAAACUCUACGUGUACGACCUGUCUAAGGGCCUGGCCCGGCGGCUCAGCCCCAUCAUGCUGGGGAAACAACUGGAAGGCAUCUGGCAUACCUCCAUAGUUGUGCACAAAGAUGAGUUCUUCUUCGGCAGUGGUGGCAUCUCCAGCUGUCCCCCGGGCGGGACAUUGCUUGGGCCCCCAGACUCUGUGGUUGAUGUGGGGAGCACAGAAGUCACAGAAGAAAUCUUUCUGGAGUACCUGUCUUCCCUGGGGGAGUCCCUGUUCCGAGGUGAGGCCUACAACCUCUUUGAACACAACUGUAACACCUUCAGCAACGAGGUGGCCCAGUUCCUGACCGGGCGGAAGAUCCCUUCUUACAUCACUGACCUUCCCUCUGAAGUUCUCUCCACGCCCUUCGGACAGGCACUGCGGCCCCUCCUGGACUCCAUCCAGAUCCAGCCUCCUGGGGGGAGCACCGUGGGCAGACCCAACGGGCAGAGCUAACAGGACUGCAUGGGACCGCCCUCCUCACCAGGGCUUUUCCUUUUUAAACAAAACAAACCCUACCAGAUUUCUAUUUUAUAAUUUUACAUCAGAGCUAACCACCAGGGGACGGCCUUUUAAAUUUCCCAGGGAAGGAGAUCGUCAGGCUGCACAUAGGACAAUGCU